UUGGUAAGAUGUCUCCUUCGUGAAACAUCAGCACUCACUAACCUUACCAGAGAAGUAUAAAACGGCAUCAUGCACGGAUCCUUGUUGUUAAUCACAUAAAAGGAAAAGAAUCAAAAUAUUGACAGUUGUCGUAUAAUAUACGAGCAAAUUUGCAACGUCUUCCGUCUGUCAUUAUUUUUUUGUUUGCAAUUUCCUAUAAAAGCAAGCCUUGUAAGGUGUUAGAAGCAUCACUCAAAAUUGUAGCGGAAGAUCGGAAACGGAUACUUGAGUGUGUUUUGGGAAGAAGACUGUGAUUUACAAUGGCUAAAGAUGAAGCCAAGGCAUCAGAUUAUUCUAAGGGAUUGCUGAAGAGUGAAGAGCUCUACAAAUAUAUACUAGAGACCAGUGUGUACCCACGCGAGCCAGAGCCUCUCAAGGAGCUUAGGAACAUUACUCAUAACCACCCUCGAGCUGGUAUGGCUACUGCACCGGAUGCUGGCCAGUUGAUGGAGAUGCUGCUGAAUCUAGUAAAUGCAAAAAAGACUAUUGAGGUUGGGGUUUUCACUGGAUACUCUCUUCUCCUCACUGCUCUUACGUUACCAGAAGAUGGCAAGGUUAUAGCCAUUGACGUGAACAGAGACUCGUAUGAGAUAGGAUUGCCAGUUAUAAAGAAAGCUGGUGUUGAACACAAAAUUGAUUUCAGAGAGUCUGAAGCUCUUCCAGCUCUUGACGAGCUUUUAAACGAUAAAGGGAACGAGGGUGGAUUUGAUUUCGCAUUUGUGGAUGCAGACAAGGUGAAUUAUUCGAACUACCAUGAGAGGCUUAUGAGGCUGAUCAAGGUUGGUGGGAUAAUAGUGUAUGACAACACUCUCUGGGGAGGAUCAGUUGCUGAACCGGAGUCUGACACACCCGAGUGGAGGAGAGAAGUGAAGAACGCAACCCUUGAGCUGAACAAGAAACUCUCGGCUGAUCAGCGUGUGCAGAUCUCGCAUGCUGCACUUGGAGAUGGGAUCACUAUUUGCAGGAGAUUAUAUUGAGAGCUAUUGUGAUGCUAGAGUGUGGUUCUUUGUGAUCUUUGGGGUACUGUGUUUUGUGAAACCUUUUUAUAUUGAGAGCUAUUGUGAUGGUAGAGUGUUGUUCUUUGUGAUG